GCUGCAACACGAGCUGCCGCCACCACACGCGACGCCGCAGACAUGAGGAUUCCCUUGCCGCUGUUGGCCAGUGUGGCGCUGCUAUCGGCAGCUGGCGCCAGUACGAUGACGGCAUCGACGACGACGGCCGCCCCUGCUGAGAAGAGAGAAGGAGCUGACUCUGGGGAGGGCAGCACGGAGGCCAGAGUGCACACCAAGAGGGGCCUGCACCACGGGGGCUUCGGCGGGGAACACGGCGAUGUGAAGCAUGUGACAAUCACAAAGGAGGAGUACGUCCCGGUGCCUCAUCCCUACCCAGUGAAGGUGCCAGUGGUGAAGGAAGUGCCAUACCCUGUGGAGAAGGUGGUGCCGUACCCGGUGAAGGUCCCCGUGGAACGGCCGGUGCCGUACGCGGUCCCGGUACCGAACCCGGUGCCUUACGAAGUCAAGAAGUACAUCCCGUACCACGUCAAAGUGCCCGUGGACAAACCAUACCCCGUGCCCUACCCUGUCGAGAAGAAAGUACCUUACAAGGUGGAAGUGAAGGUGCCAGUCCCACAUCCGUACCACGUCCACAUACCGAAACCCUACCCCGUCGUUGUAGAGAAGAAGGUUCCGCAGCCGUAUCCGGUCCACGUGAAGGUGCCUGUACCCAAACCCUACCCCGUCCACGUCAAGGUCCCGGUCCACAUCCCUGUCGAGAGACCGGUACCGUACGAGGUCAAAGUCCCGGUGGAAAAGCCCGUACCGGUGCAUGUGAUCAAACCUUACCCGGUUCCGGUCGAGAAGAAGGUCCCGUAUCCAGUGGAGAAAGAAGUUCCGUACCCGGUGAAGAUACCCUACGAUCGUCCUGUACCGUAUCACGUAGAGAAACCCUACCCAGUUCCUGUAGUGAAGAAAGUACCUUACCCAGUGAUCAAGCCGGUGCCAUACCACGUAGAGAAGGAGAUACCGUACCCGGUGAAGAUACCUGUCGAUCAUCCUGUGCCAUACCCUGUAGAGAAACCAUUCCCAGUUCCUGUGGAGAAGGAAGUGCCCUUCCCUGUAGAGAAACCUGUCCCAUACCCUGUGAAGGUACCUGUAGAGCACCCCAUCCCAUACCCUGUUGUUAAGCACGUCCCAUACCCAGUAAAAGUAUCAGAUAAAAAGCACCACGACUUCCAUCAUGAUGGUGACUUCCAUCAUGGUGGUGACUUCCAUCAUGGUGGCUUCGAUCGCCGAAGGUAAUUUUUGUUAUAAACUUUUUUAAGUAAAAUAUUGUACAGACAAAUAAAAAA